GGCACAAAGACGUCCGAUAAAUUUCUAAUGUUUUUUUGAAAUAAAAAUUCGCGCCUAAAUGAGUGCUAAAGACCAAUACAAUUGCGUUUUGUGCGACUCGAAAUUAGAAUCCAAGGAAGCUUUGCAAGCGCAUUUUAGGAAACAUGCCAACAAAGAAAUAGAUACUCGUGGUAGACCUGUGAAAACAAGCAAAAAUGAUGAUACUCAAUGUGAUGUGUGCGGGCAAGCAUUUAAUUCAAUUAGUGCAACAAUACGACAUAGAUUUAAAGUUCAUCCUAAUUCGCCAACAAAGUUUUAUUGUCAUUAUUGUGGGAUGCAAUUUCCUCUAAAAACACACAGGGAUAAUCAUCAAGCAUCUCAUGAUUCAUCUGAAAGUGAGAGGAAAGAACAACAUAAGAAAUGCGAAGACUGUGAUGUAAUGUUUUAUAAUGAAAAAGCUUUAGAUUAUCAUUAUCGCUCUAUACAUAAAAGGAUGGUACAUUUAUUUCAACCAAUAGCAACACCACCUCCUAGCAAUAAAAUUAAAGUAAAUUCAAUGAAUGACGCUCUCAGUGUAUAUUACUGCCAUUUAUGUGGUGCUGAAUAUAUUAUAAAAUUCAAUUUGCAACGGCAUUUGGAAAGAGCUCAUACUCAAGAAGAAAGAGAAGCUGUUCCAGAAGAUUUAAUAAAAUGUACAGUAUGUGCUGCUUUAUUUUGCAGUAAAAGAGCAUAUGAAGUGCAUAAUAGUUAUCAUCAACCAGAUGAUUUAUAUGUAACAUCAGAAGAACAAAGGUUGCAAACUGUAACUAAAGUAGAUCAAGAUUUUGAUAUAAGGCGUGUCGAGGGAGUUGCUGACAAAUAUGUCCCAAAAAGUAAUACUCCAAAAAGGCCUGCUAAAAAUUGGCCAAAGCUUAAAAAGACACAGAAAGCAGAAGUAAAACGAAAAGAUUAUUCUUCUUCAGAUGAUGAACCUGGUGCUACGAAUGAAUCCAGUGAUUCAGAAAGUGAUCUUCCAUUGAAACAAAGGAUUUGCAACUAAUGGAGGUCUUUUUAUUGUUUAUAACAUAUUUCUAUGUUUAUAUUUUUCAUAUAUUAAAACUAUGUUAAAAUGA